AUGAUCGAUCACGUCCUCGGUAAACCUUCCGUAAAGUCGCGCAGGCUUCAAGUGCUUGCUGUACUAACCUUUUGGUCCCUAUAUAUUUAUAAAGGCAAUCGCCAUGGCCCACCCGUCGCUCGAUACCUGUCAAAGACCUCCUCCAGAGUAUUGACAGUAUGGCAGACCGUCGUAUUAACUAUGAUGUACCUUUAUGCCGCCCGCAACUUCAGCACGCUUGUCGGGCUUGCUAGUCCAGAACCGAUGGCCAACAUGUACGACGCCAAGUAUUUUCGGGCUACAUGGGUAUUGACGGCACUGGACGCCGGUUUCUGGACGGCCAUGAAAAUUAAGAGGAAGUGGAUGAGGGAUAUAGCUAGCCUUGCAUUUUCUCUCUUCUAUCUUGUGGCCGCAGAACGCGCGGAUGAGAAGGUUAGAAAGGUUAGAGGCGCGUUGACCGUUGACCACCUGCGAGUAAGCUGGAACAAGGGUACUACGCCAUAUCUACGAGCUGUUCAAAAUCUGAUGCGCCCCCGGUUCACACGGUGGCCACCGCGAGCGAUUCGUAUCCCUCGACCUAGUUCUAGCGACUACAAAGAGCCCGUUUCCGGAUGGCUGUACUACGACGGUCCCGUAUCGGACUUGGGGCACAUUAAUAAGAUGAUCCUAGACAUCCCCGGCGGAGGCUUUGUGGCUAUGGAUCCGCGAUGCAACGACGACAAGCUCUUCGCUUGGGCCGGAAAGACAGGUCUUCCAAUAUUAAGCCUCGAGUACAAGAAAGCGCCGGAGUUUCCCUACCCGUACGCCUUAAACGAAUGCUUCGACGUGUAUACGACAAUCGUCAGAAGCAAGGGCCGAUGUAUAGGGAUGUCAGGGAUGGAAAUUCCGAAGAUUGUGGUAACAGGCGACAGCGCUGGUGGGAAUCUCGCGACAGCGAUGACUCUGAUGUUAAUUGAGAGCGCCACAAGCCGUCGCCAAUCACCGAUCCAAGUGGAUCUUCCUCUUCCCGCUGGACUUGUACUUCUCUACCCUGGUCUAGAUAUGAACAUAGGGAACUGGAUGUCUGACGAGCAAAUGUCUCUAAUCAAAGACCGACGGGUGAGAGCGACGAACAAGGACUACCUGCGCCGGAAGAACAUGCAGUAUAACGACCUAGUUGGCACGCCUCAUCAAUCUGACGAUGAGGAUGAAGAACCUUCUGGCGUAGUCUCUAAUGCAAACCCUUCUACGCUAGACGCCAGUACUGACAGCAAUGGGCUUCGCAGUCCUCAGCCCGAGUAUUCUCACGCUAAUCGGCAGAUGUGGGCAAAAUCCGAACAGCCAGCUAUGACAUCUGACCGAAAUUCUAAGCCAAUGUCGCACAGACCCGAACCUAUGAAGACGCGUUUGGCCAUGGCGUCCAUGAUCUCUUAUUUCAACGACCGCGUGCUCACCCCUGAGAUGAUGCGCGCAAUGAUCAUAUUAUACAUUGGGCCGCACAACCGACCGGACUUUUCUCAAGACUACCUCCUCUCUCCCAUAUUAGCUCCAGAUCUCCUGCUGCAGAAGUUUCCAAAAACCUAUUUUCUUACUGGCGAACGUGAUCCUUUAGUGGAUGACACAGUCAUUUUCGCUGGACGCUUGCGCCGCGCCAAACAAGCCUUCCACUCGCAACGCAGUCCUCAGGGAAUGAAUGGGCUAAACGAUAUUACGGAUUUUGACGAAAAGGACGCUGCCGAGAUCGUCCUGAUCCCUGGUAUUAGUCAUGGCUUCACACAGUUUCCGAGCCUAUACCCACCUGCUUGGAAGCUGAUCGACCGCUGUGCAAGAUGGGCGGUAAACCUGCUCGACACAGCGGAGACGCGGACGAAGCAUGAACAGCAGAGCCUCCCACAGCGUCACCACAUACGUGUUGAGUCUAGCGGUGACGAGGACGGGCCGCUGGAAAUAAGUAUGACAAAAAUGCGAUCCCGAACGAUAAGCGAUGGUGUCAAGCCGCAGCCGAGUAGCGCAGAACCAAAGAAAGAUGGUAUUGACUCUGAAAAGCCGAACGGAAACACAAAGAAGAGAAGGACUACUGGGCGAUCCGGAUUUGGACAGAAAUCUAAGAGUAUUAUCAAGCUGGAUAGUUCGGACGAUUUACUUGGGCGGCGUAUGGAGGGCCUUGCGAGUUCCCUGACCGGAGCACAUGAUGAAGACUAA